CACGGGAGCACGGGAUGGCGGGGGCUUGGAAGGGCCCUGUGGAGAACAGCCGGCCCCGAUGGGCGUGCAGCGCCUCCGGAGAGGGAGAAGCCGUGACCUCCCUUCCCUGAGCAGCCCGUCCCAGUGCCCUGCCACGCUCAGGGCAAAGAAUUUGUUCCUCAUGCUGAGGUGGAACCUGGUGUUUUAGUUUAUGGCCACUGCUCCUCGUCCGGCCGCAGGGCGCCACUGGAAAGAGCCUGGCACCAUCCUCCUGGCAGCUGCCUUUGAGAGACUUGUAUGCACUGAUAAGAUCCUCUCGCAGUCUUCUUCUCUCCAGACUAAGCAGGCCCAGCCCCCUCAGCCUUUCCUCAUGAGAGGCGCGCCAGUCCCAUCAUCACCUCUGUCGCCCUCCGCUGGGCCCUCUCCGGGAGCUCCUUGCCUUUCUUGCCCUGAGGAGCCCAGAACUGGACACAGCACUGCAGAAGGAGCUGAGUAAAGAGGCGGUAUCAGCUCCCUCCGCCUCCUGCCGCUGCUCUUCCCAAUUCACCGCGGGAAACGCAUCCCGGGCGGGGGACGGGGAUGUGCGCGCGGCCUGCGCAUGCGCGGCGCGUCAGGGACGAAGGGAGCCGAGCCGAGCCGGGCCGAGCCGGGCCGAGCCGAGCCGAGCCGGGCCGGUGCUGCAGUGCCCGCGUCCCCCGGAUGCGUAACCCCGAUCGCCACGGUAUGUCAGUGUCUCUUAAGCAGCCAGGACUCAGCAACUCCGUGGGAUGAGGUUUGUGAAAAGGAUCCUGGCUGAUGGCCUUGAUCUGCAGCUCCAUGAGGUGAUUUCCACUGACCUUGGCAUCAGAGGGGAGCGCUCAGGGAAGCAGCCUGUCCUUCUGGCCAAGCUACCUGGGCCCACAUCACUUCUCCAGCCUCAGCUCUGGAUUUGCCAAGCCUCAACUUGUCAUUGCCACCUGAGUCCUGGAAGAGCUCGGAGGAGAUCCUCAGGGUCCCUGGCUCUGCCUGGAUCACUGGUGGUGGCUGAAAGGCAGAGCAGCAGCACGGAGCAGCAGGUGAGCCUGGCAGGGCUGCCUGCAGCUUGGGACAACACGCUCAUGGUCCCCAGGAGCGGCCUCCAGCCUGCAGCUGACACCUCCUACAGAUACAAACUGCAGUGCCUCUGGACCCAGGUGAGGCAGAUCGCCAGGGAGAGGGACAGGGCGAGGCUCAGUUUGGAGAAGGCAGAGAGACACUGCCUGCAGCUGGGCAGGGAGCUGGAUGAGCAGUACAUCGCUCUUGAGCACACCCAGAGCAAGCUCAGGAAUUUUCAGGCAGAAAUAGAGGCAAAAGAGCUGCUUUUGCAGCAAGCAGUGAGUCACCAGGCAAAGCUGGAGGCUGCUGCACAGCUCCUCCAGGGCAAAGAGGCCAACCUGCAAGGGAGACUGAACCAUGUGAUGAAUGAGAACACACAGUUACAAAACAAGGUCACAGAGAUGGCUGAGAAACUGUCAGCCUCUGAGGAAAUGGUGUUGGACCUGCAAAAAGAACUCAACCACAUUGUAAAGGAUAAGCUGGAGCAGGGGGAGCCCCACAGCCCAGAGUUCCUGAAGCAGAGCGAGCGCUUUGCCGAGAUUGUCCUGGAGUAUGAGCGGCAGUGCCAGAGGGUCAAGGUGCUGUACGAGCAGAACGGAGCGCUGCGAAGGGAGCUGCAAAGGCUGCGCCUCCAGCUGCAGGACAGCGGGGCUGAGAGAGAGCUGCCAGCAGCAGAAAUGUCACUCCCAGUGGAGCACCUCCAAGAGCAGCUGCAGGACCUGAAGGUGCAGCUGGAAACCAAGUGUGAUAAGGGCAAGGAGGAGCUCUCUCACCCAGAUGUCACGAGGCCUCAGCUGGGCUCUGAGCCCCCUGAGCACAAGGCUGGUCACAGUGAUGGCUCUGGCACCGCCCAGCUGCAGAGCCAGAGCCUUCUGGAGGCCGAGUGCCUGAGAGGAGCAGAGAUUGCUGCAAGGCUGGAGCACCACCAGAGGCAUGCAGCAUGUUGGAUGGAGAUGGAGCUGCUCCAACAGCAGCUCCAGGCCUCGCAGGAAAAGCUUUUGGAAGCCAAAGCUAGCCUGAGCCUGGCCCAGGCCCAGCACGCUCUGCAGUUGCAGCAGGCCAGGGCCCAGAUAAACAACAUGGUGCCAAAGAAGCAGUUUGAGCAGCUGCAGAACACCUUGAGAGAGGAACAGUGCAAGACUCAGCAGCUCCAGGAAAGCCUCCAGCUGCAGGCUGAGCAAACAUGCAGGCAGCUGGUCAGGACCCAGGAGGAACAUGAGCGGCUGCUGCAGGCAGCUGUGGAGCAGGCAGAGGGGCUGGAACAGAGUCUGAGGAAUGCAGAAGCUGUGCUGGCAGAGAGGGCAGCUCAGCUGAGAGAUGCCCAGGCUCAACUCUCCAGGAACAAACUACUGAUUGAAGAGCUCCGUGGAGAGAACAGGAGGUUUGCAAUGGCCCUACAGGCUGCUGAGCUGAAGCAGAAGAGCAUGGAGGAGAAGAACCAGCUGUUGGAGGAACAAGCCUCAGCUCUGAAGCAGCUUAUUGGAAAAAUCACACCAGCAUCUCUGAGUGGGUGACGGAACAUCUGCAGUGGCAGCCCCUGGUCCUGGCUGGGGCUGGUCAGGUGCAGAAUGGGAGAUAUGGCUGGGUUGGGAAAUCAGCCUUGUCCUCUUUGGUCUUGCCAGGAUUUUCCUGUGCAGAAAAUACCAAAUGGGGAGCCUAGAGUCCUUUGAGGAAACUGGUCUUGUGGAUAGCUGAAUUUUCCAACUGAAAGCAGCAGCCUUGGUGCCUUUCUCAGUGGCAGUGUGCUGUUAUGUCAUGUCUGUCUCAGGGCAGCCAGCUCACAGGAUUUUCUUUGGCAGUGUUUGGUGGUGGUGCAGGUGCUCCCUCUCUGCAGAAAGCUGAUGUUGGAGCCACAGUUACAUCUCAAAAGCCAGGGCAGAAAGGCUCGCAGGACCCUGUGCCUGGCUCACUCCAAGCAGGAAAGCAGGCUGAAUUGUGACAUUAAAAAGUUUGUAAUAUUACAGCACCUCCUGCUAUUCCCAGUCUGCUCUGUAUUCCUGUCACCUUCCCGAACUGGUGCUGAACAUUUAUUGCCAACAGCUCCUCCUAAAGCCUGAGCCUAGGAUCCAAAACCAACCAGACUGUUGCCUCUGCAGUGAGCAGGACUGCAGUGCUGUAAUGCCCCAGGCAUUUAUCCUGUUCCUGCAUUCUUCCCCAGCUGUUUGCUUUUCCAGCUCCAGUCUGAGAUGGGGGCUAAGCAAACCUCUAGCCUUAACCUAGGGCUGAUGUUUUUUCAAGUGUUUUCCCAGACAUAGUGCAAGAACUGAGCAGCUCCAUUAGGAAAACGAGACAGGGAAAAGCAGCUCUUCAGCCUUGUUCUGGUUUUGUGCUAACCAGAAUCCUUAAAACCCUCUGCUCCCUUUUCCACCCCUACUCCAAACAGCCCAUAGGCCCUGCCAGACCAGUGCUCUGGGAUAAGAGAUUCUACACAGGAACAGAGGCACAGGCCAAGCAAACUGGGAAAAAACCCAGGCCCAUGACCCAGACUGCAACGAUCAUUCACACAGCACCUCAAGAAACAACAUUUAUGGGUCUCCGAUGGGGACAAGGCUUCAUGUGUAAUCCUGGAAAG